AUGUCGCAGUCCAUCGCCGUCGGCGACCCGUGGUCCCGCAGCCACCGAAGAACGGUUAGCUACUGCUUCGUCGUCGCGCUCGGCCCGGUGCUCUUUGGCUUCGACCAAGCGGCCAUCUCGGGCACCAUUGUGAUCCCACGGUUCCAGCGCGACUUUGGGUCCGUCGAUGCGCUCACCGGCCAGUACAUCAUCACCGCCUCGGGCCAGACGCUCUUGUUUGGGCUGCUGCUCGUCGGCGCCAUCGUCGCCAGCGUCCUCUCCGGCCCCGUAGGCACGAGGUAUGGUCGCAAGGCCGGAUUGUACUGCUGCGCCGGCACGUCCCUGAUCGGUCCCCUGGUCCAGGUCGUCGCGCCGAAUAUGGGCGUCAUGAUCUUUGGGCGCGUUCUCAGUGGCGCUGGCAUCGGCUUUGCUGCCAACUUUUGCGGAACCUACUGGAGUGAAGUCGCCUUGGCAAAGCAUCGAGGAUUGAUAACGCAAGGCCUGGUCAAUUUGACAGCCUUCCUCGGCGCCAGUAUCAUCCAAGGUGUGCAUGGCCUCAGCAGUAAAUGGGCCUGGAGAGCCCCUGUCGUAGUCAUGAUGAUUGCGCCAUUUAUCAUGCUGUGUCUCAUUCCUCUGCUGCCCGAAACACCAAGAUGGUAUAUUACUCGGGGUCGCCCCGACGAUGCUCUUCAAGCCCUCCGCGAUCUACGAGGUUCAACGUGGCCCGAAGAGGAGCUGGAAAGCGAGAUCCGCGAAAUGUCAGCAAUGUAUGAGCUUGAGUGCAGCUUGGAAGGCUCCACCACGUAUCGGGAUUGCUUUCGGAAUACAGAUCUCAGGCGCACCCGCAUCAGUUUGAUCUUUGUUGUUUUUCAGUCCUUCACUGGCAUAUCUUUCAUCGCAGGAUACGGAACAUUAUUUUUCGCACUAUCCGGCAUCAAGCAGCCGUUCCUCACAACCGUCAUCACCAGCUGCUGUGGCCUCGGCGGGUCCAUUGCUGCGUUCCCUCUUGUGCGGACAGUUGGGCGACGACUACUGCUCCUGAUGGGCAGUGCUGUCUGUGGCAUAUCGAUGCUCCUGUUUGCCAUUGUCGGCACAGCGAAGCCAAACAGCCUCGCGGCCGCCAAUCUCCUCGUGGCAUGUGUCUGCAUCUACUUGUUCGCAUACUCGGCAAGCUGGGGUCCGCUCCCCAUCACCGUGCUCACAGAAAUCCCCUCCAACGGUCUGCGAUCCAAGACGCUGUCCAUGUCAACCACGGUCAACUGGCUGUCGGCCAUGCUGAUUGCGUGCGGAGCUCCGUACCUCGUGAAUCCGCAGUAUGCCAACAUUGGCGUCAAACUGGGCUUUAUAUUUGGAGGUGUGACAGUUUUGGGUUGGCUCUGGGUCUUUUUCGAUGUUCCAGAAACCAAGGACCGUACGCUGGAGGAAAUUGAUGAAAUGUUUCUUAAUGCGUCUGAUGUCCUGAUUCGACAGUCCGCCGCCACGCCAAAGAUCAUCGGACCAAUCACGACGAAAUCGGCCGCCUCCACAGUCUACUCUGCCCCUGGUCCCUCGACCCCCUGA